AUGCGUCUCUACACGCGCCUCCGCGCAUCACCGUCUCCGCCGCCUAUCCGUUUCUCUCUCGGCCCUCGGUCAAAUUUAGUGCAUUUGAACUUCCCCAAUAAUUUCUUGCCUAGUUAUGCCAAGCCCAUCCCCAGAACUUCGUUUUACUGUAAUGGGCUCCGGCCAUUUUCGCAUACUUACAGCGCAACAGGUGAAAUCGAAGCUGAUAUGGCUGUGGCAGAGGAAGAGAAUACUGAUAAACUGAGAAGAAAUCUUGAGGCUGUGGGAUUAAAUGCUGAUUGUUGUAGGCCGGGACAGUAUGAUAUAGUGUAUUGUCCCAAGUGCGAAGGUGGGCAGCCGAUACAUAGAAGUCUCUCGGUUUACAUAAGUCAAGACUGGAGCUAUGCAAUAUGGAGGUGUUUUCAUCUACAAUGUGGAUGGGCGGGCAAGGUUUUUGCUGAUACCAAAAAAGCUAGCCCGGGGGAGAGUAUAAAGCUAGAGAAGCUGAGUGAUGAGUUGCUUGCAUAUUUUGCCGAAAGGAUGAUAUCAAAGGAAACACUGGAGAGAAAUAAUGUUAUGCAAGCUGGUGAUUGGAAAACCAUUGCCUUUCCGUACAGAUUAAAUUGGGAACUCGUGGGCUGUAAGUAUCGAACACUUGAAAAAAAGUUUUGGCAGGAAAAGAAUACGGAGAAAGUGCUUUACGGGCUUGAUGACAUAGCUGAUUCGGACGAGAUUAUAAUUGUUGAAGGUGAAAUAGACAAAUUAUCUGUUGAAGAAGCUGGUUUUUUCAACUGUGUUAGUGUUCCAGGUGGCGCACCACAAACAGUUUCGCUCAAAGAGCUUCCAUCUCCAGAUAAGGACACCGGCUUUAAGUACUUAUGGAAUUGCAGAGAGUAUCUCGACAAGGCGACUCGAAUUAUACUGGCAAUUGAUUGUGAUGGACCGGGCGAUGCUUUAGCUGAAGAGCUUGCUCGUCGGCUUGGAAGAGAGAGAUGUUGGCGAGUACAUUGGCCCAAGAAAGGAGAAGGCAGCUUGCUAAAAGAUGCAAAUGAGGUCCUCGUGAAUCUUGGCGUGGAAGCUCUAAGAGAUGCGAUAAAAAAUGCAGAAUUAUAUGACGCGGAUAAGAUGAGUAAUUAG